UCGAACAAACAAAUCGGACGCCUCGUUGCUCCUGAUAAAGAUAUUUCUCGUUCAACUGGCAGUAGUGUGGAUGAGCUAUUCCCACAAGAGCAUGUUACUACACAUGAAGCCGAAUGCAGUGAUCUCAACACUGACAUGCGGUACGACGGCUUGGGUAAGAGGAAAGAAAGAGAGGAGUUCCCUUAUAGGCUAAGAUACGACCAAGAUUACGGCUCUGAAGGAGGUAGUAUGCUAACAACGGAGAGAAAUCCGACUAAGUCCCGAGCAGAAAUUGCUAGGAUUCAUAACGAUCUUAUUCUCCGACCUCGUGUGGAAGAUGGUGACAGCGGUCUUGACGAUCUGUCAUAUGAGGCUGCAAGGCCUUCGUCGAUGCGCGAUAUUUUCCGUUCAUUCCUGAAUCGCACAGCUGGAAUGAUAGCUGAAGAGAAUCCUACUCAACCCGAGGAUGAUGGUUGUGAGGACAUAUUCCAGGAGCACCCCCUCAACCUCGGUGCUUCUCCAACCGGACCUUCUGCCACACCGGUACUCGAAAAGUUGUUCAAUCAGACCGUGGCUGAGUGGAACGCCGACAACAGUUUAGAUUCUCCGUUACGCACUGGAGUGAAUGCUACACGGGUGAGAAAAAAUAUUCGUAAAGAGUUGUUACUGAUCUUAUUUCACCGUAAAUGUAGCCCAAUUUAA